CGCCCCACUCAACCGAAAUCGGAGACGCGACGAAACUCAAGCUCCCGCGCGAUGAAAUUCCCUCACGACAACGAACAGUUGACUUCACUUAUUCGUACGAAAAAUCACGAUAUUUACAUGAUUGAUUUUUGGAAAUUGUUUUUGUAUCGUCACUCGGGGAUGUUUACCACGGUGGGCUGUGUUGUGGUGAUAUUUUGGGCUCAGUAGAGACGCUACCGAUGUGAAUUCACUAACCUACCUCACGAGAGAGGAAUGGCCCCAGCUUUAACGUUCAACUGAAUACGAAUGUGUGGUGUACAGGACGAUGCAAAGUGGACUUACCACAGUGGCGCUCGAGUAACUCACUUUUUCUCCGGUACCCCCACUCCAGUUUGUUAGCCAGUGGCUGAAUACGACUCGCAGUGCGUGAGAAUGAAACUGAGCUACAGUGGAUAUGUGUUGACCUUGGAUAAAUUGUGGGGAGAUAUUUUGUCGAUUGGAAUUAUUGGGAUGAAAUAAUUCGGAGGAGGCGGAAGAUUUGAGAUUUAUGAGGUGAUUCUGCGAGGAUACAUGAGAAGACUGGACACCUGCGGUCAUUUCGGGGGAAUGACGCCAUACUUAAUGUAAUUGGAGGGAAUGCGUCAGCGGUUUUGGGCAGAAAGGAGCGGACAUUUUGUUUUGGAUUGAGUUCUCAAGGCGAUGGGAAUAUUUGGAGAGACAAUCACAGGAGCUUUUGAUUGCCCCAUCAAGAAUAAACGUGAUUUUCUGAUGGAGGUCGGCGACUUUUCCUUCCUUCUUCGAGAGAUUGUGCUGUUUCGAGCAUGGGGGUCGCAGGGCCGCAGGCGAUCGUGGGUGCGGGGUCCAUUCCUCGAAGUCAUUAAGGCCGGUGUGUUACGCGAGAGUGCACUCGACACGGUGGAUUAUGGAGCCUCUUCAAUUAUUUAUUAACGGGCACGUGCAAAUCCAGAGGCUGAUCAACAUAAAUACAUUUUCCGAAUUUGUGCAGGGAGAAAAAUUUCAACGAUUAGCAUCAGAAUUUUUUCUACGCAUUAUUAUUGGAGUCCUAAAGAUGGGAAACCGGUGACGAAAUAAUAUUUCCCGCCGCAAGUUACAUUAAACAGAAAAAGCCGUCUGACACAGAGGCCGUCAGCAAAGGAGAAACACUGACAGGCGUUCAAAGGCGCUUUUACUAGGAGUCGCGUUUCUCUACACACACAUCAAGUUGGGGACUCCGAUGUUGCUCAGCUACUUGAGAAAUAAUUCAAAAACUUGUGUUUUCUCGGCCACGUGCAAUUCUAUGGAAGAAAAAGUAGCGAGAAAUGGAUGAAAGACCUUCGCUAGCUACAAAAAUCGAUGGAAAAAAAUUGCUGUUAUACGACUGCUGGAUUGCAAUCUUGCAUGCGGUUAUCAGCCGACCACUGGCCUCGGCUCGAUACCUGGCAUGCAACCCAUGUCACCUGAAUUUGGACAUCGUCGACUCGCCUGUUCGUUAAUCAUAAAGUGGUGACGAUUUUUUAAUGAAAAAAGUUAUUUAUUAAUAGGUAUUUUCAACGUGAGUAAUUUCGCGAAUUUUUGAAAAUACAUAAUUGAAGUUUAUCGGAAAUUCCACGAAAUUCCGAGUAAUUUUUAAUGUUAGAAUGAUGGUGUGGUAUUGGUCUUGCGGUGAGAAGUUUCAGAAUUUAUGAAAUUAAAAUUGAAAGAAUUCCUCAAGACAAAACCUCCGAUAAGGUAUUUCUUUUCUCUCUACAUACUUCCUUAAAUAUGAAUUAACUCGAGAAGAAUUUACCGGAUUGGUUCAUCCAUUUAACAAAAUAAUUAAAAAAUGACCCAUUAACUGGGAUAUUUUCAAUUGCAACUGCGUCAAUUAUGAAUUUUUCUCAAAAAUCUCUCUUCACGCAGCAUCAAUGAACCCCCUCCCACCCCCAACCGCCGAAAAAUCCAUCUAAAAUACCCCGAGCCCCAAUCAUCCCCAGCCCCUCAGUCCCCUCCUCCCCGCCCAUCACAGGGGUGAUUUUUUCCCCCACAAAAAAAAAAACCACCUACCUCAAUCCUUUUUGCGUGCCGGGUUGCCAAGUAAUUACCUUUCCGUAUUGAUCACCAUCAGAUGAAUUUCACCUUUGCGUACGAAAUGAAAGCACCUCCUCUUGAGCGAAAAAAAAAUUGGAUAAAGUGGGUGGCUGGGCAUUGUAAAAUUAGUCACACCCAUUCACGUCAAGUGUCCUCUCUCCCGUAUACAUGUCGAAGUGCCAUCGACCCGUGCCUCCGAACCUUGUCAAGAGGGGGUACCCUCCCCCUUGCUCCACCCCGCGGGGGUGGGCGAGAGGUGGAUGAGGACAGGGUUGUCGCAAUGAACGAAUAGACAAAAAAAGAAGUGCAAGAAAGACUCGAAAAAAGAACGCGAAAAAAAUAAAUACUGAAAGAAAAAAAAAAAAAUAACCCACCCUGCGAUGAGAGAAGCCAUUCGACGCACCCCCUUCUGGUUCUACUCAUUCCUCGGAUGCAACCGAGUAGAGGACCAGCUUUUACGAGUGUCCCAAUGAAAUUGAUCGACCACCCCCGUACCCCAUCCCCAUCAACCGAAAGCCUCUUGACGAUACUACCACUCUUUUCCGUUCUUCGGGUACAUAACCGAGAGCGGCCGUGUCGAUUCAUUCGGUGGAGAAGAAGGUGCAGGUGACAGUGCGAGAGGAGAGGCAAAUGGAUGAAAAUAAAAAGAUUGGAUAGAGGAGAGGAAAAUAACCGAAAGGGAGUGACUGAGAUGCACAAAGUGAUGGUGGAAUGGGAGAUGUGCAAGGAGGGUGAAACAGAGAGAGAGAGAGAGAGAGAGAGAAAGAGAGAAAGAGGUGGAUUGGGAUUGGGGGAGAGGGUGGUUGGGCUACAGAAAAUGGGAAGCUCAUUCCACUUUGGUAGAAAAUUCAUCCCUUAAGAAAAUACAGGCAAUAACCCUCCUUCUACCACCUGAUGAGACUCGAAGGAAGAGAUAGAGGAAUGGAGGGAAUGAGAUGGGUGUAAGAGGAGUAAAGGGCGACAGUAAAGACGCUGCGUAGGAGGCGUCGGUAGUUUGAAGUAAAGACGCAGAGGGAAUUGGUGGAAAAGAGAGUUGGUCUAGCUCAGUGAGGAAGGGGGGAGGGGGUGGAGGAAAAGUGGAGUUUUGUUGAGAAGAGGGACAGAGGGAUGAGAGAGUACG